AUGGUUUUAAGGACAGUAUUUUGCAAAUUAAAACCGACGUAUUUGUCGCUAUAUAGUAGUGGCUUUAAAUUUAUUCCUACUUCGAUUAUUCAAAAUGUGCUAAACAGACCCCCGUGCGGCAAUUUUAUUAGAUUACCAAUCGUAUCAAUAGCUUCGUAUGCAACUAGAACUACAACUAAAACUACGGAAAAAAGUGGUCUGAAUGCCACAAAAGCAAAGAUAAUAUUAGCCCUCAAUUUUCAGUCUGCUGAAGAUGCAUUGCCGUAUUAUAAACUUCCUUUAAAAACUUUGAUACAUGUAUUAAGAAUUACUAAAAACGAUGAAAGUAAAGGGUACUGCAAAAAUAGGUUAUAUUAUAUUGCAUCCCGGCUAAAGUUGCCUCCAUCAGUAUUGAGCGAAAAACUAGCUAAGAGGACUUUCAUAUAUGGCUUGUCGUUUGAUUGGAUUGAGAAGGCAUUAGAUGUACUUAUAGAAAUGAAUGUAGCUUCUGAUCGUAUUUUGAGGGAUUUAUGGGUGUUAAAAUAUCACCAUGAGACUAUUCAUGAGAGACUUCUAAAGGUAAAAAAUCUAGGCAUUGACAAUCUGUACCCUUGGAUGGUGAGAUGUUCUGAAGACAUAUUGAAUAGGUAUAUCACUAUAUCAACGGAAACAAAGGACAUUUUGGGCGAAACUAACUCAAAACAAACAUAUCUUGCUAAUAGGCUGAAUGUGUCUGUGGAUACAGUUCAAGAAAUGUGUUAUAAAAUACCUGCAUUGAAAGCGAUUCGUGUAACUAAGGUAAAACAUUUUCUUGAUUUCCUUGAAUCAGAAGGAUUUGAUGUUGAAGAAAUUGCCAACAAACCCAGGGUUUUAUCAGCAUCACAAAAAACAGUAAAGAAAAGGCUAGAUACACUACGCAACCUGGGAUUGAAAGAGAUAAAUUUAAAUGUACUUUGUAGAAGUAAAAAAGAUUUUAAGAAGUACUGUGAAUCAAUCGAAUCUUUGUCAGACCAAGGUAAAUAA